AUGCAUGUGGUUUCUUCACUACAGCAUGUGACACAUCUCAAACUAUCACAAAUUCAAUUAAACUUUUUUAUUCAGAACACUAUAUCAAGUUCAAAUUCACGAAAACGUAGUGGUACACUUCUCGGUUUUCGUUCGAUUGGUUUGGUCCGUUGGUUACACACCCACAUUGGAAAAGACAAACGAAGUCGAUCAAAAACAACAACAACAUCAACACCACCAAUAACACCUACAUUAACUUCGCAUACUCUCAAAGCCAAUAGCACCCAAAAUAUUGCUGAUCAAGAAUCUGAAAGUUCUGUUCAUCAAACAGAUGUUAUUCAAACAAUGAAAGAUAUGAUAAAUCAAUUAAAAAUACAAGAAAAACAAAUUAAAAGUUACAAUAAUUAUGUUCAAUCAUAUAAAACCGCACUCGAUAUCAAUCAUAAUAUGGCGAAUGAACUUACCACUCAAAUAAAACAAUCAGAACAAGAAAUAACAAGAAAAAUCAAAAAUGGUUUACAUGAAAAAGGAAAAGAGCGUGAAUUCUAUGAAAACUCUCAAGUACUCAAUUUAACUGAAGUAACUAAUUAUCAGCGAUUGCUCAAUGAUCAUUUGAAGAAUAAUCAACUCAUUGAUGAAGAGACAUUAUUAACCAUCAAAAAUAGCUUAGAUUCAAAUAAAAAGCGACCACUAACAGCGCCCUCGGAUCCAAAACUAGAAUUAGGUAAAAUUUAUAGAGAAAAAUUGUCACAAUUUCCUUUCGAUAUGGAUACCACUAAUUCAUUUGAUAAUACAACAGAUCAAAAACAAGGAAAUAAAAAGUUGUUUGUAACUGUUAGUUUAACAACAAUAAAAGAAUUUCAGUCACCCUUGCUACGUACAUUUUCUGUCGGUAAUCUGCCGUCUGUCAUCUCAUUGCCACAAAAAUAUUUUGAGUACUUUUUUGUCCGUAAAGGAAACAGUCUGUUAUUGAAAAGUACAACAAGUAUUGAUUUAUAUAAUCGUGGUUCGGGAUUAGAACUAGCAAUUAGAACGAAAAUACAAGACAGACUAUUAGCAGCUGAUUGGUGUGAAAAGUCACAAAAACUAAUACUGAUCGGAAAUCAUAAUCUCUACGAAUUCGAUAUGGAUAGACGAAUAAAGCCAAAAAAAUAUAGUUGUGAACCUGUUCAAGGAGAUCCGUUGUGUUGGCCAAGAUUUGUUCGUUGUAUGAAUCGAUUUAUUUUUUAUGCCUAUAAAGCCGAUGCACAAAGUUACAUAUUAGAAAAACAUGACUUGACAAGAUCAAAUAAUAUUAAUCUUGUACCAUUGAAAUCAGUAAACGUUAAUGGAAAUAUUCGUUGUAUGUGUGUCACUUAUUCUUUCAUUGCAAUUGUUACUCGUCGGGAAAAGAAACCUGAACAAUUAUCUUUAAUUUCUAAAAAUAAUAAUAAUAUCGAACAAUUUGAACAUGUUUUAUGUGUUUACGAUCACACAUUACAAGAAAAAAAGACAGAGAAGUUACCAAAUUUAAAAUGGGUUACAGGAAUAUGUUCAUUAGGUGAAAAUAAAUAUAUUAUUUGUGAUCCACGAGCACAACAACUUGUUUUAAUACAUUUGACAGAUGACAAUAAAAGCAAUAUUCUAUUUCGACGAUUUAAAAUUGGUGCUGUAAAUGUGUGCACUCUACCAAAUGGAAUGUUAGUUUUAUGGUUACAGAAACAAUAUGCAUCAUCGCCUACAGGUGGCAAAUUACAUUUUAUUAGCGCACCUCAUCUGACGGGACGUAUGGACAUUGCCAAAUCGUUUCCUCUAUUAGAACAAGUUGAUUCGAAAGAAAAAACCAGGACAAAUGAGAUAGAUCAUUAA